UCAAUGUCCUCGGGUAAAGCUUGAACGUCCGAAGUUAUGUUUGUCAACACGCAUAUGUUGGCCAUAACGGAUAUAAUGUAUUUCAAGUACGUGUUGCUGAUCAUAAUUUUGGUUUUCCUCUAUUGACGUGAGAACAAACUACUGAUAUAGCGAAGUUUCGGCGUUCCGCUGCCGCUGCCGCCCUCGCGUCUCGCAAACCCAGCGAGGGGAUGCUGGAUGCUGGCCGUAUCGAUCACUGAAACUGUUUUCGGAGCCCGUCUGGACCGGCAGUUGUAAUCGGGAAAGCGGCGGUGGCCAUUUUCACCGUCGUCGCCCCCGGAAAAAUGUAGUGGCAAUGCGGUGGUCGGGUCAGUAGUUAUGGGGUUGUUUUUGGGCUUGAUUUACGGUUACCUUUGGUUCGCCAGCAUUUUCGCAGGAUACGCAGCUUUUUAUUGCCCUCUGUUCCCUGUCGUUUUCCUGUCUAGUCGACUCUACAGGUGCAUUUUCGAUUUCGUUUUGACGUUUUGGCAGUACUAUCCGACGGCGCUGCUGGAAUUCCUAUGCCACUGCGACGUUCAGGUGACCGGGGACGCGAUCCGAACCGACGAAACGUCGCUACUAGUAUCCAACCACCGUACCAGGACCGACUGGAACUUCCUCUGGCCGGCGAUGUACUACGCUAUCGAGGGCAAACGCAAAAUAUGUCAUUCCACCAAGUUCAUUCUAAAAGACGUAAUCAGGUUCAUCCCCGGACCAGGAUGGACGAUGCAGCUGAGUGGAUACCUUUUCGUCAAGAGAAAUUGGAGCAUCGACAAAGAAACAGUUGAAAAAUAUAUCAAUUUCGUCUCCAACAUCUGUUACAAGCACGUGCUGGUCCUCUUCCCCGAAGGUACUGAUUUGACGGAGAAAACGAAACGAGGCAGCGAUCGUUACGCAGAGAAGAACCACCUGAAGAAAUACCAGAACGUGCUGCAUCCGAGGACCACCGGGUUUGGAUAUAUCGCAAGCAGAAUGAUGGCCGAUGGUUGUCUGGAUGCCCUGUACGAUGUCACUAUUGUGUACCCGGACGUAGUGCCUCAAAACGAGAAGGUUUUGUUCUCCGGAGGCUUCCCGAAGCGGGUGAAGGUUCAUCUGGUGAGGUAUCCUUCGUCAUCGCUGCCCGCGACGGAGGCAUCUCUCAAACUGUUUCUGGAGAACCGGUGGUCGGAAAAAGAGAAAACCAUCGAGGAGUUCAAAUGCACCGGUCGGUUUUUGCACGGAAAAGUUCUUAGCGAUAAAAGCAACAAGUUGGAGCUUUAUAUCGCGCUGGUAUUUUGGUCCGUUCUUCCGUACGUGGUACUGUACGUUUUGUAUGUUUUCACGUUGUUCCGUCACCUCAUCUUGAUCGAUAGUUUGCUUUUGGUGGGCUUGAAUUGCGUCGGUCGAGGUUUUCCCGCCUUUGAGAUCGGUCUUCAUAACCUCAAAACGAGCGUAUUGGAUCUAUUCCGAGAUCGAGGUUAAAGAAGCCGGUUUAUCGAUGCAGACGAUUAAGUUGAAGUAUUUUAAUAAAAGACCACAAAAAAAAUUAAUUAAUGUUGGUUUGAAGUAUUCUUUUAAGCUGGUCAGGCAUUACAUUAUAUACUGAAAGCGCUAAAGAUUCACGAAGCUCGAGAUUGAUUAUAUCAUAGUUUCGAAUUUUAAUAUAAUUAAGUUGUUUUUAUUUUUUCCCGGAUUUAAUUGACAAUUAUGGAAAAUCUAUCGAGGUUAGGAAAUUUUGAAAUGUAAUGUAUUUUCCAUCAGCGGAUAAAAGAUAUUUAAUUCUGAGAGUUGAUAAAUCGGCUUCGGUCUCGAUUUGCUUGUGUGUUAAAAUGAAGAAAACAAUACGAGAAUAGCGUAAAAUCAAAAUUUUUUAUAUAUAAUAAUUACACGGUUUUAGAGAACGUCGCGUGAUAAGUAAAAAAAACCUAUUUUACUGCAACAUUUUUGCAUAUUUUAGUAAUUUUUAACAUUUUUAAAGUUAUCAAACACGUACAUUUUUUUGAUUUAAAUAACCGAAACUGUUUUUUCAUACGUAAUGAAAACUUUAGAAAUAGUAAGUAUUUAAUAGUUUUGUUGUAGAUAAGCACGGCACUGAGCUCAUUGGUAUUUUUAACCGGUGCGAAACAAGAACCCCUGUAAGUGCUAUAUGUAUAGAAACUUACAAUCGGUGUUUCCAGAGAUUCGAAUUGGAAAUAAUUGCCGUCAACUUAUCACUCAAAUAAAUCUCGAAAAUAUGUAUCCACAAAAUUUUUGAAAAAAAAAAUCUUGUCGCGCGACAAGUAGUUUGUAAUUAUUUCCUUGUCGUUGAGUGUUUAUUAGAAUGUAAGAGACUUCACUUAUUUUUAAUUAAAUUUGAGUUUUUUGUAUAUUUUUGGACCACUAUCGGUUCUAUGCGUAGAAUCUAUGGAUACUGUGGUCCGUGAAGUGAUGACGGCAGCUCUCCCGUAGACCUAAGACGUAUGCGGUUAACGUGUUUCCGUAUGCAACAGGGCGGCCUAAAUAGCCUACUUGAGAAAACCGUUUUCGGAGAAAAAUGGGAAACAUGUUUAGAUUUAGACGUUAGGUUAACUUUUUUUCGUAUAAUUUUCGAUCAGUUCUUCGUUUCCGUCAAGAUGGAAGACUUCUUGGCAGUUAAACAAACCAAAGAUUCAUAAAUAGUACUAUAACCGUUAGGUUUUAAGUGGAGGACGCGUGGCCGAAAUAUUCCUGUAAAUAUGCCGAUAUAUAGAAGCUGUGCGUCCGAUUUAAGAUAACUUUUGUCUUGUCUGGUGUAUAAAAAAUUAAAUUUUUGUUUGGGUUCCUAUUGAGUUGUAGCGUUUUCGAGAAAGAAUUGAACGUGCCAAAUGAAUAAGUCUCUCAAAAGAGAACGAUAGCGUAGUAUUGUUUUAAGUCACUAUAUUAAAAACUAGAUUGUAUUUGUUUCUGUUUACGUAAGUGUACGUUGAUGUUUUAGUGUGUAAUAUGGAUGGUGUUUAUUGUCA